UUGAUUGGACCAUUGUAUAAAACUGAAUGUGACAACAUGUUUUUGAUGAAAACUUAACAUUUUCGGAACGACCGAGGAGUACUUGAACACUCACUGAAGAGUUGCACAUUUAAAGGCUAUUGGGAAUCCGUGAGGUCAUGGUGUAUUUAUUGCGUAUUUUAUGGCUGUUCUUUCAGACCUCAGAAGUCGGUCUGAACAGACUGUUUCUGGUGCUUUGAUGAAGAUAUAGCUACUCUCUGUCACUCUUUGAGCUGACAUGCCUACUUCAGUAGACAAUGGAGUGGAGAGGAGGGUGAAGCCUGAGCAUAUCCACCACCACACUUCAAGACCUCUGAAGGUCAAAAAGAUGGACCCUUCAUCUGCAGCUAAAAAGCAUCAUCAUAAAGUCAGCAGGUCAUCCAAGCCACCGCAGCCACCCAGGAGAAAAGACAACGUGAAGGAUAGGGAAUCACUGACUGAGGAGCAGUCUCGGGCAAGAAAACCGUCAGCUCCAGAGGGAGAAGCUAAGGUGGCAAGUACUGUGGUGAAUGUGGACAUGGUGAGAGAGAAGGAGGAAGAGGAAGAGGACGAGGAGCAGCACGAGGAGUUAUUGGGGCUUCUGGAGAGUGGCUGCCAGGACGAGAGUGUGAAAGCCAGACAUAUGGGUGUCUGUGAGUCUCUGCUCUUGGGGUUGGCUGUCACAAUAAUCAUCUUUGUUUUCCCUCUCUCCAUCUGGUUCUGUUUCAAGAUAGUGAGAGAACAUGAGAGAGCAAUGAUCUUUAGACUCGGACAUCAUCUUCAAAGAAAACCCAGAGGACCAGGGCUAAUUUUUACCCUUCCAUUUUUGGAUGUUUGCCAUAAGAUUGACGUUCGAUUAAAAAUGCUUAAAGUACCCACUCACACAGUGGUAACCAAAGAUCUGGUCAGUACAGAGCUGAGUGCAGUGUGUUACUACCGUAUUGAGAACCUGUCCUUGUGCUAUGCUUCACUGGCUGUGGUCCCAGCUGUACUGGAGGGUUUGAUGCAGGUCUCAAACAAAGAGAUCCUUGCCCAUCACACUUUCACAGAGAUACUGCUGGACAGAAAAAUGAUUGCUCAGAAGAUUCAGGUUUCUAUGGAUUCUGCUGUCUGCAUGUGGGGAAUCAAAGUAGAAAGAGCAGAUAUUCAAGACGUUUAUCUCCCCCCUGAGUUGCAACACAACUUUGCUACUGAAGCGGAAGCCAAAAGACAGGCACACGUCAAGGUGAUUGCAGCAGAGGGGGAGCGGGCAGCCUGUGAGGCCCUGAGGGCUUCCACCGACGCCUUCUCUGGUUCCCCUGCCACCCUUCAGCUCCGCCUGCUUCAGCUCCUGCACAGCCUGCAGACGGAGCGCUCUGCCUUGGUGCUCAACCUGUCCUCCGGUCUGCUCCCACUGCCCAGUGGCCUCUCCAGCCUGGCCAAUAACACCCUGCAUCCGGUCACCAUGACCCAUCCGAGCCCCUCAGUGGGUGACACCGAUAACCAAGAUUCCCCCAUGAUGUGAGGGGUUAGGCGUGCAUAUGAUUCUGAUUCUUCACUGAUAAGCUUGGACUGUAGGCUACUACAACGGCAGAGAUCGGUGCCCAGUGAGCUCUCAAUGAGAGCUUGCGGGUGCACAAGCUAACGGAUACACUUUAGCACCCCUAGUGUAUAAUGCAAUUGUGGAUAAUCUCAUGAAGUGCUCAUGUAGUGCAUUGAUGAGUAGACUUGAAAACCAUGUUUAACUACACAAGGACACAAACAUAAGCUGGCAGACAGUUCUUUUUCUUUAAACAUGUGUGCUAAAGACACCAUUUUUAUGACCUGGUUAGGUGAUCACACAAAUGCUUGUAUAAUACACAACACCUCAUGAGCUGUCAUUUAUUCCUAAAUAAAUUCCCUCACACAAA